AUGCCUCAUACAGUGGGUAAGUACGAUGGUCUAGGUGACCUUGAUGACCAUCUCAACCUGUUCAAAAGUGCCGGGGAAGUAACCUGCUGGCCCAUGCCUCUUUGGUGCAAAAUGUUUGUCCAAACGCUGGUAGGGGCAGCGCGAGUAUGGUGGGAUAGUCUACCCAUUGGAGAAAUCGAUAGCUUUGAAGACUUAGAAUCCAAAUUCACGUUACAAUUCAGUCAACAGAGACGACACACAAAGGAUCGAAACGAACUCCUCCACAUUCGUCGGCGAGAUAAUGAAGCAGUGGAGAGUUUUAUCGUUAGGUUUAACAAGGAAAGCCUGGCGAUCCCAGGUGUCACAAACGAUCUAUCCUGCGAGGCUUUCCUACAAGGAGUAAACAAUGACGAAUUGUUAAGGACACUCUACGGAAGGGAUGGCGUGCUCCCCACCAUAGACGAAAUCCUGAGGAUAGCCAAGGUAUACGUUACACAAGAAAAGACUGUUGCAGCCAGUCAUGCGGCUAACAGGAAGAAGGAAGCCCAGAAAAACCAAGACGAUAGAGAGCAGCGGAACUCUAAGGGCAAAGGCAGAGGAGACAUGUACCAAAAAAGUGAUAGAUCAGACUCGCGAUACGAUAGAUCUAGGGGUUCAUACUCAAUAAACGAGUCCUCCUCUAAGCCACGGUCUGAUUAUCCUAACUUAAGUAAAACGCUGGAAGAAAUCCUGGCAUCCGAAAACCUCAAAUUUAAUCCUCCCAAGCCGUUGAAGGACGCUCCCAACAAAGAUACCAGUAAAUAUUGUGAGUACCACAAAGGCAGCGGCCAUGAUACCAACGAUUGUUUCCAAUUGAAGAAGCAGAUCGAGUAUUUCGUAAAGGCGGGGAAGUUGGCUCACCUGGUUCGGGACAUAAAGCAGGGUCCGCCCCCCAACAAAGAGGAGACUGACAAAGGGGCGGGCAAGAGACAGCGGGAGCUAAAUAUGGUAUACGCCAAUAAGGGAAAGGGAGCGAAACGGAGUUUCUCCACACUCGAACCCUGGAUGCUGGCAACUAUGAAAAUCUAA